AUCACCUGUCUCUCCUCUUCUUCUUCUCGUUCCGUUUAUCCGCAAACGGAGCUUGUGUUCGCUGCACCUGCUUCAUUCAUCACUUCAAAUUUGAGAAGAAGGAUGGGAAACGAAUCAUAUGAAGACGCCAUCGAAGCUCUCAAGAAGCUUCUCAUUGAGAAGGAUGAGCUGAAGGAUGUAGCUGCGGCCAAGGUGAAAAAGAUCACGGCGGAGCUUCAGACAGCCUCGUCGUCGGACAGCAAAUCUUUCGACCCCGUCGAACGAAUUAAGGAAGGCUUCGUCACCUUCAAGAAGGAGAAAUACGAGACCAAUCCUGCUUUGUACGGUGAGCUCGCCAAAGGUCAAAGCCCAAAGUACAUGGUGUUUGCUUGUUCGGACUCGCGAGUGUGCCCAUCACAUGUACUAAACUUCCAUCCUGGGGAUGCCUUCGUGGUUCGUAAUAUCGCCAAUAUGGUUCCUCCUUUUGACAAGGUCAAAUAUGCAGGAGUUGGAGCCGCCAUUGAAUAUGCUGUCUUGCACCUUAAGGUGGAAAACAUUGUGGUGAUAGGGCACAGUGCAUGUGGUGGCAUCAAGGGGCUUAUGUCAUUUCCUCUUGACGGAAACAACUCUACUGAUUUCAUAGAGGAUUGGGUGAAAAUCUGUUUACCAGCAAAGUCAAAAGUUUUGGCAGAAAGCGAAAGUUCAGCAUUUGAGGACCAAUGUGGCCGUUGCGAAAGGGAGGCAGUGAAUGUAUCACUAGCAAACCUAUUGACAUAUCCAUUUGUGAGAGAAGGAGUUGUGAAAGGAACACUUGCUUUGAAGGGAGGCUACUAUGAUUUUGUUAAUGGCGCCUUUGAGCUUUGGGAACUCCAGUUUGGAAUUUCCCCCGUUCAUUCUAUAUGAACUAACACAUCACCAUCACCACCGCCACCACCGUGAUCAUCACAAGCAUCAUGCAUCAUCAUCGUCAUCAUCAUGAUCACCAUCAUCAUAUAUAUAUAAUGUUUUACUCUUAUUUAAUUGCUGUUUGUAAUGGACAUUUACUUGCGAUGAGCUUCUUUUCCUUCAUUAUCCACUUAUAAAAUAAAUAAAAAUCAUGUUUAUUU